AUGUCGCACUUCACCCAGGGCAUCGGUGCUCUGCUCAAGCUGCGGCAGGACGCCGACGCAGGGGCAGAGGAGGAAGUCAGUGGCUUCCAGGUCAUCACCGACUGCGACUCUGGUAACGAAUACGAUGGCCGCAUGAACGUUCGCAUCUCCGCGAUCUUCGUCAUCCUUAUUGGCUCCCUACUCGGUGCUCUCAUGCCUGUUGCGCUUGCUAGGAGUUCCAGACUGCAGGUCCCUAAGAUGGCCUUUUUCAUCGCUAAGUACUUCGGUUCCGGCGUUAUCAUCGCCACUGCCUUCAUGCACCUUCUCAUACCAGCCUUCGAAGCUCUUGGUUCACCAUGCCUGGAAGGAUUGGAUAUCUCCGAGUACGCUUGGGCAGGCGGCAUUACUUUCAUGACCAUCAUGGUUAUGUUCACCAUCGAACUCCUGGUCAGUCAUUUCGACAUCUUUGGGGGGCACGACCAUGAUGCUGAGGGCUCGGAUCCGUCGCUGGAUAUUCUUAAGAAGAAUAGCGAGGCAUCGACUCCGCCAGCUCAAAACCAAAAAACCGACAUUGAGUCUGGCAUCAAUACUCAGGACAACGGUGACCAAAGUCGCGGUAGCACAGGAUUUAAGGGAUUGCCUAACGACGUCUCCUACCCUCCUGGUGGCGAGGACCAUUUGGGACAUCACCGCGACCACACCGAAAACGACAGCCACGCUGCUUUCGCCGCGCAGAUGACGGCUAUCUUCAUCCUGGAGUUCGGUGUCAUCUUCCACAGCAUUUUCAUCGGGCUCACCCUUGCGGUUGCAGGCGAAGAGUUUAUCGUCUUGUACAUUGUGCUCGUUUUCCACCAAACCUUCGAGGGCCUCGGUCUUGGUUCUCGCCUCGCGACUACACAGUGGCCCCGAAGCAAAGCCUAUAUGCCGUAUCUGCUCGCGACCCUUUACGCCCUCAGCACCCCUAUUGCCAUCGCUGCUGGUUUGGGUGUUAGACAGACCCUUUCCCCUGGUGGCACGACUACUCUGAUUAUCAACGGUGUAUUCGACGCGAUCAGUGCUGGUAUCCUCAUCUACACUGGAUUGGUUGAGCUACUGGCCCAUGAGUUUAUGUUCAACCCCCACAUGCGCAAGGCUGGACUCAAGACACAGAUGUUCGCCCUGGGCUGCGUCAUGCUCGGCGGAGCUUUGAUGGCACUGCUUGCCAAAUGGGCAUAA